UUGUUUACGAUUUCUUUCUAUCUACCGCUAGCUAUCUUGCUAGCAUCCUUUCUGGACACUUCCUACGCUGCUUGUCUCAUUCUCUCCCAUCUCUGCUUCGAGAGAGAGAGAUUUCAUUCGCAAGCUCUAAGUUCGUUUUUAGAAAUCCGUAAACCUUCUCGAGUUUUGGUAGAGGCAACAUAUAGAAAAAUUCAAUCGUUCUGCUUUUGGGUUGGAUAUGGUAAUGGUAGAGAUGCUGAACAAUCCACCAGCAUGUUCUAUUUCCAUGUACAGGAACAGCCACCAAACUCACUGGUUUUGCUGUUCAAGAAGGCAUGAUCUUAGAACCCAUUUAAAGUGUAUUGGUUGUUCUGCAUAUUUGAGUUGGAGAUUAAACAUAAAGAUGAAUUGUGCCAAGAAUCAUGUCUUUGGUGUGGUUGCUUUAGCUGAGGGGUCGAGCACGUGGUUAGGAACUCCUAAACAGAUAACCCCAGAAAAUUUUCUGUCGUGUAAGUCAAUUGGAAUUAAAACUCCUUGUAUAAUGCCUAAUAAGGUUGCGAGGCUUGAGUUUGAGUCAGAUUGUGAUGAAGGAAGAACCCCACUUUUUGAAGGAAAAGAAGGUUUUAGUGAAAAUUGCCCGCAACAUAUAUUGCCACCUUGGGGUGAUUUGUCUGAUGAAGAGUUGGAAUAUCAAAAUAAUUUGGAUGAUAGUUUAAGGAGAUCUACAAAAACUAUCGAUGAGACUGACAAUGAGAGAUAUUACUUGGAGGAGAGGAAUGAAGAAAUAUUAUCGAAAAGGAUUUUGAAGCUCAGCAGAUCAAAUAAAGUUAGAAGUGUUUUAGCAUUAUAUAGGUCAAUGGAGUUUUCUGGUCUGCUGCCUAAUUCACAUGCUUGCAAUUCACUUCUUUCCUGUCUCUCAAGAAAUGGAAGACUUGAUGAUGCCUUGAAAAUAUUUGAGUUUAUGAAGACACGUGAGAUCAUUACUGGCCACACUUAUAGCUUGAUUUUAAAAGCAGUUGCAAAUGAUCGGGGCUGUGAUAUAGCAUUAAGUAUGUUUGAGGAAGCAGAUAGGGCGAGCAAAACCAGAAAGUAUAUGGACACAAUUGUUUAUAAUACUAUGAUAGCAAUAUUUGGAAAGUUGAACAACUGGGUUCAGGCUGAGAGGAUGUGGAGAAAAUUGCAAGAUAAUGGCCAUGUAGGGACAAUAGUAACAUAUCGCCUGUUAGUUUGCAUAUUUGUUCGUUGUGGUCGAAAUGAACUAGCUCUUGAUGCAUAUCAUGAGAUGAUUCGAAAUGGAUUAUGUCCAGGGGAUGAUUCUAUGCAAGCGAUUAUUGGAGCUUGCACGAGAGAGGGGAAGUGGGAUAUGGCACUAAAUGUCUUGCAGAGUAUGUUAAACAGUGAGCUGAAGCCGACUCUAACAGCUUGUAAUGCUUUAAUUAACUCACUUGGGAAAGCAGCCAAAGUUGAACACGCAUUCAAGGUUUAUGGUCUUUUGAGAUCGUUGGGCUAUAAACCUGAUGCAUACACUUGGAAUGCACUGCUUGUUGCAUUGAACCGGGCGAAUCGACAUGCUGAUGCUCUUCGGCUCUUUGAGACCAUUAGAAGAGAGGACAGCACCGUCAUAAAUCUGCACAUAUACAAUACAUGUUUGAUGUCUUGCCAGAGGCUUGGGCUUUGGGAAAGAGCAAUGCAGCUACUAUGGGAAAUGGAAGAUUCUGUGUUUCCUGUUUCUGUUACAUCAUAUAACCUUGUUAUUGGAGCUUGUGAGGCUGCAAGGAAACCGAAGGUUGCAUUGCGAGUUUAUGAGCGCAUGGUUCAGCAAAAACAAUCUCCUGACAUAUUCACUCUUUUGUCACUAAUAAGAGGUUGUAUCUGGGGUUCCCUUUGGGAUGAAGUCGAAGAAAUCCUAAAUUCUGCACCAAAUGGAUCUCUAUAUAAUGCUGCUAUUCAGGGUAUCUGCUUGAGGAGCAAGACUGACUUGGCAAGAAAAUUCUACGCGAAAAUGCGUGAGAUUGGCCUCAAACCCGAUGGCAAAACUCGGGCUUUGAUGCUGCAAAACUUACCAAAAGGUUGAUCAGAAAAAAAGAAACACUCUUAAGGAUUAGUGUCUAAUGUUAGCCAUGCAAUCUUUAUGCUUUAUGGUUCAGACCACAAGAGACCUGACUCUGUAUUGUAUAGGUUUUUCUGAUAUCCUCCAACCUCUUUCUGUAUAUUAUUCAGUUACUUAUUUGAUGUAUAGAAGAUUAGGUUUAGAGCUAUUACAGCUAAUGAGUUCAAUAGUUUACAAGUCAGCUCAGUGCUGUUAGAAUUUAGUUCUCAAGACGAUUCAGGUUCCUGAGCAAAUCAUAAAACUGUUCAUCUCUUGAUUUUAGAUAAUUUUAGCAAGCUGCUUGCAGUAGAAAUAGUUCACAUGGUAAAAGACAUUCUUCCUUUCCAAAGUUGCUCCGCAAAUAUAUCAGCUAAGUUGUGAUUCAAGAAUCGACUUCGAGAAUGUCAUUACUCUAUGUUGGUUCCUUUCUUGAUUCAUUGAAGAACUGGAAAAACUCGUUCUCUAGCUAUAGCAGGCAUGGGGGAAAAGGGCGUGGGCGGAUGCUUCUGGGCACAAGAUUGACUCUUUAAAGAAGCUAUACAAAUAUUGGCCCUAAAUAGUUGGAAGUAAUCAUUGAUUUUGUUUGUCAUGUUUCAAUUUGUUAUCUGCACAACAACGUUUGCUGCCCCACAGGCCAACAUCAAGAAUACCGUAACUUGCAAUGGAUUUUAGCACUAACUUGUGAUUGUAAUUUACCCAUCUUCUUGCUACUCUUAAAAAUAAACAAAAUGGAAAUGCCUUUUUGUUGGUAUCUGUCUUUUCCUGGGGUAAACAAGCAGGAAUUCAUAUAGUAUAAAUUAAUACCAGCUUUUCAGCAUCAGUUCCUGCUUGAACAGAAGGAUGCAUGUUACAAAUAAUAGUUUCUAAUGUCAGCUUUUUAGUGUCAAAGUCUGAUUGAAGAAAGAGUUGCAUACAGGGUGUAAAGGCUAAUUUAGCUAAUCACGGAAGCAAGUUAACAGCCUGACUGAUUCCUUUUCAUCAACAUUUCUUGCCAACCUCCAACCAAGAAAGGGGAAAGAGAAAUGCAACUCUUGCAUUUCUUCAGUUUAGAGUCGAACAGCUUACGUAAUCUCACAUUAUUGGCAGAAACUUGAUGUGUGGACCUAACAUACCUAAUUUUAUAACAUCUAAGAUUUUCACUGGUUAGAUUGUGAUGAAUGCAACAGUUUCUUGAUUUCUUGCCUCAUCACAAGGAAGCUUCGACGUUUAUUCACUAGUCUAUGUGGCUCAAAUCACUUUCCAAUCUGUGGCACUACGUGAGUAGACGGAUGCAGUUAUAAAAAACAAAAUCUGUUAGGCUCGGCGUCACCAAUAAGAAGUCCUCUAAUCAAGACCGAAUGAAUGUUUCAAGAAAACAAAUCUUGAUCCGGAUCAACCACAAGCAGGUACAAACUAUGAAGAUAUAAUUCAAAUGAACCUGAAGCUUCCCUUAUGUUCCUUCAUUAUUGCUGAGAAACAGUUCACACAUAUCAGCUUUCAUCUACUAACAUGAACAUAUCACUGAAGUUUAAACCAAUUGCCUCAUUCUGCUACCAUGAAAUGGUUUAUUCAAAGCAGGCAGAAAUCUUCAAUUGGAGGAAAAGGCCGUGAAUACAGAAAUAUAAUCUGAAA